CAACUGUGUGCAGGUGUCAACUGGUGUCAACUGUAAACUUAACCGUUCGUAAACGCCCUGCGCCCAACGCACUCUACGUAAACAAAAUUAUGAGAAUAAACUAAAGUACACACUUUAAUUUUUUGUUUGUUUGUGACGUUAUAAAAUUAACUGUGUAGAAUGUCUGUGAGUGCCAGUGCCGAGAAUUUGUCGACAGAUACCCAGAGUUGCGAUGGAGGUUCAAUGUGUCUGGAGUUAGCAUUGGAAGGGGAGAGACUUUGCAAGGCGGGAGACUGCCGCGCCGGCGUCGCUUUCUUCCAGGCCGCCAUAAGAGCGGGCACAGACGACCUGCGUACCCUCAGUGCUAUAUACAGCCAACUCGGCAAUGCCUAUUUUUAUUUAGGCGACUAUAACAAAGCGAUGCAGUUUCACAAACACGAUCUCACUUUAGCUAGAACGAUAAAUGACAAACUAGGUGAAGCGAAAGCGUCAGGUAAUUUAGGCAAUACUUUAAAAGUUAUGGGAAAAUUUCCCGAGGCGAUACAAUGUUGUAAACGUCACUUAGAAAUAUCCCGGUCUUUGGGCGACAAGCUAAGUGAGGGGCGGGCUCUUUAUAACUUGGGUAACGUAUACCACGCACAAGGUAAAAAUCUCGGCCGCGUCGGUCAAAACGAUCCUGGUCAUUUCCCCCAGGAGGUACGGGAAUGUCUCAUGCAAGCAGUCACAUACUACGAAGAAAAUCUCGAUCUAAUGCGCAGUUUAGGAGACCGACAAGCGAUGGGUCGCGCUUGCGGAAAUCUUGGCAACACAUGUUAUUUACUGGGUGAUUUUACUCGCGCCAUCCGAUACCACACAGAGAGGCUGACAAUAGCAAGAGAAGUCGGCGACAAGGCGGCCGAGCGGCGGGCUAACAGCAACCUGGGCAAUUCACACAUAUUCCUGGGACAAUUUGAAAACGCGGCGGAACAUUAUAAGCGUACCCUGGCUUUGGCCGAGGAACUAGGUGAUGCUGCAGUGGAAGCCCAGGCUUGUUACUCAUUGGGCAACACUUACACAUUGCUACGCGAGUACAGAAUAGCAGAAGGUUACCAUGCUCGCCAUCUUGCCGCCGCUAGAAAACUACAAGACAGAGUGGGCGAAGGCAGGGCUUGCUGGUCCUUGGGCAACGCCCACGCCGCGCUCGGGAAUCACGAAAAAGCUUUGUAUUACGCUAAGGAACAUUACAAUAUAUCCAAAGAGUUGGGUGAUAUUUUGGGAAUGGCUACCGCACAGAUGAACGUUGGUGAUCUGAAGAAGGUGUUGGGCAUGCCCGAAGAGAGCCCGGAGACGGAGAACGGGGGCGAGGUGGCCGCUGCAGCAGCCACUGUCUCUGCCACUGCGACCGCUCCGCCAGCUCCCGCGACGUCGAAGGUAUCUCAUUCUAAGAUGGUAGGCAUCUUCAACGCUCUGCGCGUGCGCCGUCAGAGUAUGGAGCAGCUCGCGUUAAUUCAAUUGACGCCUGAUACAAAGAAAAAUGAUGAAGAAAAAGGGGAUGAAAGGUCCAGGAAGUCUAAAGUAGCGCAGGCAGGUUGUGAGGAUAAUCCUUCGGAGUCGUUCUUCGAGAUGCUGAGCCGCUGUCAGUCGCAGCGCAUGGACGGACAGCGGGCUGCGCUGAACUCGAGGGUCAAGAAGCUGCUGCGGUCUGCCAGCAGCGGCGACAAGAACUUAAGCCCCGACGAGGAGUUAUUCGCGUUAAUAACGGACAUGCAGUCGGAGAGAAUGGACUCCCAGCGCGCGGAGCUCCGCCCCCUGCCGAAGACGCCGGCCAAGGAGAACAAGGGCGCCUCACUGCCGGGCCUGCGCCCCCAGCAGACCACCAGCACGAAGCCGGAGGAUGAUUUUCUCGAAAUGAUCGCCCGCUUCCAGGGCUCUCGUCUGGAGGACCAGCGAACUGAGCUGCCGCGCCGUCAGCCGGAGCCCACGCCGGCGCCGCAGGCCGCGGCCGAGCGGAAGCCCGAGGUAAAGCCAGAGGCAAAGCCCGAGCCUGUGCCCGAGGCAAUAGCCGAGGCGAAGCCCGAAAAAGCCAAGACAGUCCCUGACGACGACUUUUUCUCCUUGAUCAUACGCGCACAAUCUGGUCGUAUGGAGGACCAGCGUGCUUCGAUACCGGUGAACAACCGCACCAAGGGCGACUCCGGUUCGAAGAAGUAAACGAUUACGUUUACGACCCGCAGAGCCGUGCUUUAAGCUUCAUAGAGUUAGAUGAACCAAGUAGGGUUCUUGCGCAAGCCAGGCUCAAUGCGGGAACACCCUGUAGUACUCCGCUUUAAUGCUAUCCCUGAAACUGAAUUAAAAACAUUUGAUACCAAAAUUAUAAAUGUUUACUUCGCUAUUUGUCACCUUUGGCUUUUGAAACUUUACAGCCUAACAUAGAGAAUAACGUAACGAAAUAAGAACUAUUCGUUCAAUAAAUGUCAUCUACUGUAGCGAAGUAACAUUCAGUUUACUUAUAACCGUGAGUUCCCACUGACUAAACAUCUGUAUAAAACAUUAUCAAUAUUCUCAUUUAUACUGAGAUAAAAUGUUUUGUACCGCAGUGGAAACUUACGGUAUAUGUUCAUGUCAGGGAACAUUCCGCGCUUAAUCACGAUUAACGAAUAUAUUAUUUGAUACAUCGACUUGACAUUUAUAUCGAUAAUAUGCGAUACGUACUAUUGAAAAUUAUAACAAAUCAAGCGAUUAUUUCAUAUUAUAUUUGUUAUAUCGAGCAUUUAAAUAGAUGAUUUGAUGCAAUAUUGAUCAUUUCAUAAUGCCCUAAAUGUAUGCCGGCUAAAAAUCAACUGAAAGAUCGAGUCUAAGAUGGAUUUAUCUUGAUUUUUUAAUUUAUUUAAAAAUUAUGAAAUUGGCCCAUACAAUAUUCUAUUUAAAAUUUCUGACUAAUAAGUUAAAUCAUCAAGUUUAUCUAUUAAAUGUUAGUGAGCGAAAUUCCAUGAAUUCAAUACCCACCUUUAAAAGUCUCUAUAUUAAUUAUAAUUUAUUUACAAUUAGCCCGCCAUUAAAACAAGAAUUGUGUUAAUUUUCUAUUUUGUGUUACUAUACCAUUUAAACUAGUCAAAUCCGUUAAACAUAUUUUUCUAUGGUAUAUUGGUUGUCAAGUUACAAUUUUUUAAAAUGAUGAAUCAAUAUUUCAGGACACUCGUCUAUUUCCGCACAAAAAUACGACUGUGUAAAUCAAAAAGACUUGCAUUCGUUGAAUUUAUUUUUUUAAAUGCAUAUGAUUUUAUAACUUAACAUAUUCUAUUUAUUUUAAUUCAUUUUACUAAUAAAAUAUAAUUUAUAAGAUUAUUUUAAGUGUUUAUUUUAAGGCUGAUAUUGAGAUAUAAAAUAAUGGAAUCUUGCUAACAAAAUGAAUAAGAAAAAUGUUUUUAAUAUUUCAGUUCGUUUUAGCACAAACUUGAGGUUGUACACUCAACAGGAUAAAAAGGUGCAUAUUUGAUUAGUUUUAAAUAAUUUAAAAUAUAUUAUUUUAACUGAAUUUUCACUGUAUAAUUGUAUAAUAUUGUUUAAUAAGCGUACUAGAAGUGAUUUAGAGAGAUGUUUUCGAAUGACAGAUAUGAACUUAAAAAUGACGAGACAAUUUGUAAAUAAAAUUCUAUAUACGACUUUUAAAUAUCAAUUUGGAUGCAUUAACGUUAAAUUCGGAAAAUUUUAAAAUAAUUACAACUAAAUUACGUCCAUUGUUAAUGUCAAUUACCAACAACAAAAUACAGAUGAUUAUAAAACUAUAGAUUGUUUUAAGUCUUGACAUUUUCAAGUUCAUGGUUACUGAUGUUAGGUAUAAGAAAAGUUAUAAAAUGAUCUUGUGAAAAUAUUCGAACACCUUUAGAAGAUUUACUUCUUUUGGUAAUAAACAAUAUUUCUCGAAUAGUGAAUUGGCAGAGUUAGAGGUAACUGAUUAUAUCAUAAAAGAAUAAUAGAAUAAAUAAAAAUAUAUCAUUAUUGAAUAGAACAACAGUUUGAGGCUAUAUAUAAUUAUGGUAAUGUAUAUAAAUGGAAUUUAAAAAAUUAAAUAUUUAGAGAAAACUAAAAUUUAAAAGGAUAUAUGAAUAUGUAUGAAAGGACAGGUGUAGUACGCUUAAUUGUGUGGAGAAUGGUAUAACAUCGGAAAGUUAAAUACCAAUUGUUUUAUUUUAUAAGUCGUGUCAAAUUUAAGCGUCAGCCUUCACUGCAGUACAUGUACAAAAAUAUUUUUCUCUCUUCCUUUUCUUUGGAAAAACAAAGAUAACGAUAUUUAUUGUACGCGUAUAUCGACAGUGAAAAUCUACGGUAACAGAUAUAGAGCAACCUAUUAGAAAUGUUUAAAUCUGUAAUUAAAAUUGUUUUAUUCCAUUUAAAUUAUGGAAACAUUAAAAACUUCUUGACAUUAGGAAAAUAAAACAUUUUUUUUUAAUUUAUGUAUUUAUCUACAGAAAUGAUCGAUUUAGAAUCGCAUGACCUAAAACGUUGGCCUAACGAAAUAAUGUCCAUGUAAAACAGUUUUAAUUAUAUACUUCAUUAUGCUUUUUUUAUAUGAAUUCUGUACAACAAAUUAAAAUAUAUUUUAGUUAUUUUAUAAGUUAGUAAUAAUUUUAUUGAGUGUAUAUGAAGUGAUGAUCUAAGUAUCCACAGUAUUAGGUCACUAAUGAAAUGCCAAAAUAUGCAUUAAAUUAUUAGAAUGUC